AUGAGUUACAUUAACGAAAAGUUUGAAUGGAAAAACUUUAAGUUUAAUUUUACUGAUUUUUAUCAAUCACUUCGACUAAAUAAAUCAUUUGUAUAUCCAACAUGGCCAACCUUUCUAGACAUUCCAAAUGUUGUGCCUUUUCCAACUUAUUCACCGACGACUGCUCGAACAUUUACACGACUGUAUCAUCCCAGAAAACGUAUGAAUAUACCUGUUAUGAUUUUGUGUUUUUUGACGAUUGUCUUUAUCUACUGGAACUUGUGUAAACUGCGUAACAAGAAGCAUCAAUAUGUUGACAUAGAAACUGGAACUAAUCAUCAUCAACAAACUCAAGAAAGAUCAACAACUGAAACCUCAAGACAUGCUGAUGUGGUUCCAACUGCUCCUCCAGUUGAAUCUCUACAUCCACAAAGUUUGCAACCUGAAGUAUAUCUUCAAAUUGACGUCUCUAACAAUGAAAAUCCACCAAGUUAUGAUGAAGCUAUGAAAAUGAUUGAAAAACAGAAGCAAAGACUUGAAGGCUCGAUUAUAAAUGAUGUGAGUAAUUCUGUCAAUACAAUCAGUUCUGAGCGACCAGUCAACUCCAUACAUCGACUAGAAGAUACAUAUCUAUAG